AUGUCUGUGUUCAGAAAUAUGGAUUACUCUCCUCAAAACUUGGCCAUUUCAAAUUCUGCUUUGAGGAAUGGCAUCAGUGGUGUUUUUUAAUUGAGGUUGGGAGGACCUGACCCUCUGGACUACGUUAGCAUGUACAGAAACCUGGGAAACCCAGCACUGAAUGUUCCUGAGCACUGGCACUACGUCAGCUUUGGGUUAAGUGACUUGUAUGGAGACAACAGAGUACAUGAGUUUACAGGAACAGAUGGACCAAGUGGUUUUGGAUUUGAGCUGACAUUUCGACUAAAGAGAGAAACAGGGGAGUCGGCACCACCUACCUGGCCAGCAGAGUUAAUGCAAGGCUUAGCCAGAUACGUCUUCCAGUCAGAAAACACCUUCUGCAGCGGUGACCAUGUAUCGUGGCACAGCCCUUUGGACAACAGUGAAUCUAGAAUCCAGCAUAUGUUACUGACAGAAGACCCUCAGAUGCAGCCAGUUCAGACUCCUUUUGGGGUUGUCACUUUCUUACAGAUUGUUGGGGUUUGCACUGAGGAACUACAUGCGGCUCAGCAGUGGAAUGGACAAGGGAUCUUGGAACUACUUCGGACUGUGCCGGUAGCUGGAGGCCCCUGGUUGAUAACAGAUAUGCGAAGAGGAGAGACAAUAUUUGAGAUUGACCCACAUCUGCAACAGGAGAGAGUUGACAAAGGGAUUGAGACAGAUGGCUCAAACCUGAGUGGAGUGAGUGCCAAAUGUGCCUGGGAUGAUCUCAGCCGGCCCCCAGAGGAUGACGAAGACAGCAGGAGCAUUUGCAUUGGGACCCAGCCGCGGCAGCUCUCUGGGAAAGAUACAGAGCAAAUCAGGGAGACUCUGCGGAGAGGGCUUGAGAUUAACAGCAAACCUGUUCUACCUCCGAUAAAUGCACAAAGACAGAACGGGUUGACCCAUGACCGAGCACCAAGCCGUAAGGACAGUUUAGAAAGCGAGAGCUCAGCAGCUAUCAUUCCUCAUGAGCUAAUCCGCACGAGACAGCUGGAGAGUGUACACCUGAAAUUUAACCAGGAGUCCGGAGCGCUCAUUCCCCUCUGUCUAAGGGGAAGGCUCUUACAUGGACGGCACUUUACAUAUAAAAGUAUUACAGGGGAUACAGCAAUCACAUUUGUAUCAACAGGAGUAGAAGGAGCCUUUGCUACAGAAGAGCACCCCUAUGCAGCACAUGGACCUUGGUUACAAAUCCUAUUGACUGAAGAAUUCGUAGAGAGAAUGCUGGAAGAUUUAGAAGAUCUGAAUUCUCCAGAGGAAUUUAAACUUCCAAAGGAGUACAGCUGGCCUGAAAAGAAACUGAAAGUUUCCAUCUUGCCAGAUGCCGUGUUCGACAACCCGCUGCAUUAGAGCUGAAUUACACCCUUCUAACAACUGGGAGAGCCAAGUUACUGUCCAUUACCCAGUGACUCACAGGAUAAUUAAUGCAGUAAAAACUCUGCCUGCAAAUAAGAGUUUGCUGCACAACCACUGCAAACAGAAGAGAAGCUACUCAGCACCAGCCCAGACCGAACUGAGCCCUUUCCUUUAUCCUUCCCAAGGCUGAGCUCUCUGGGAACAGCCUGCGUAUGUGUGAGUGCGAGUGAGAAAUAUUUAACUAUGAAAAUUAGUAGUAAGAAUCCUUUCUCUCUCCUAGCUACAGAACUUCCCUCUGCCUUAGCCCAGGGUGUAGACGCUCUGCACGCCUGUAUUUACACAUGCAUUUCUGCCAGGUGCAAGCCUAUAAUCCAUGGAUUAAAUGUUCUUUACGUGACUCUGGAGUCCUUUUGUUAGCCAAACUUUUACUGACUGCAGAACUGUUCUUCCAUGUGUUUUUUUUUUUUUUCUUUUCAGAAACGGAAUGGUAUUUCCCCUGUUUAAAGGAGGCCAAAAGCUCACAUGCUUGAAGCUGAACAGAUUUAAAGAUGAACUUUCUAGUUCAGUCAAGAAAAACAAACCCAGAUCCUCCCUGCCCUCAAAUUAGGCAUGUUUUAAGUGUUGGUCUUGGUGCUAUUAGCUAUGGUAUCGCUGCAAACAGAGGCAACUUUAUUCUCACGCAUCCUGUCCUUGUGCCUGAACCCCAGGGAAGGUCGCAACCUCUGGUUUUGCACAAGCAGGAGGAAGAAAGCUACCGGGGCGGGGGAGAUCUCCUGUUUACAGUGUGUUUAUCUUUAAAGAGAUACUGUCAAGUAUUUUUUCCUUGCUAUUGUACAGAAUUUGAGAAGCUAGAAAGGACCAUUUGUUCACAGGGACAACUUCAGCAGCUCUGCAGGAUCCAGAGGGCUGCUUAAAAGCAUAUGAAAUGGAGAUCUCCACUGCCCUGACGUAGCAGAGAGGAGACUCGGCCUCAAUAAAGCCAACUAUUCUCUCUGUUCCAGCAGGGUUGUGCCCUGGUGCAGCUCCCAUUUUCCCCUCUAGCCUCACUGUGGUGGCUCUUGUUGCUGACGUCCAUCCUUUUCAGAUAGAUUUGAACUGUAAAGAAUCAAAAUCUUUUUGAAAAGAUGCUCUUUCUAGAUCCCUGUGGCUUCCUUCUUGGAGCAAAAUGUGGUGUGUGGAGGAGAUGGUCUCUUCGAGGUCAGGUUGUGUCUCUGCAUCGAGAUGCUGGCCCCUGUGAAUACACUGCAGCAAACCACUGCAGGCUUUACCCCCUGCUGCUGUUGCAGGUUGUUUCUCAUGCAUAUUCCCCAGCCUUCCUCUGCCCAUUGUCUUUUGAUGACAACUCUUCACUCCUUGUCAGGGGAGGUGCAGCUUUUCUUCCACCCCUUUCUGCCUACAAGAUAACUUGGCAAUUUAUGUGCAAUUGCUGUGUGAUCAUAAUACAAGUAUAACAAAAGCUUUUAACACUUAACUCCCCUGAUCAAACAGCAAAGUCCAGAAGACCUCCCCAGUACCCCAGGGUUGGUUUUCUGUUUGCUGAUUUAAUUUCUUCCUGGCACAGUCAGCUUUGAUGGUUUUUGCAUAUAUUUGAGACUGGUUAAUGUUGGUCAAGAAGCAGAGCUAGGAGCCACAAAGCUUUCCCUGGACUUGCUACAGAAUUCCUCCAUGGCCUCAGGCAAGUCACUCAAUGUCUCUCUGUGCAGAGAGGGUGAUUAUUGACUAGAGGGCUGUAGGACCUACCGAAGCAUGCCAGGGUUUUCAGGGGAGGGCGUGCUUCGUGUACAAAGUAGUAUUUGUAUUAUUAUAAUUGUUGUUUUAUUAUAAUUUAAGGCAGGCCAAAAGCAGGGUCCAACACUGCUCAGCAGAACCUUCCUUUCUGCAAACCUACGAAAGCAAUUUACAUGUAAAUGAGUUUGUCAUUUUGUCUGAACUCGGAGGAUCAUCUUAAAAUCCUGCUGCGAAAGAACAAACUUUCAGAUAUCUGCAUGUGCCAGCCAGAGUGAUUUCUGUGCUGUGGCAGACUGCAUUCAUCCGUGGGAUCUCUUGGCCAGUUUUCAUUGUCCUGGUUAGCACUGAGCAUCCCUUCUGCGCUGUAGAUGUAUAUGCAGGGGACAGCAUGGGCGAGAAAGUGGCAUGAAAAUGUACCAGUCCAGCUUCAAAAAUGACGUGCCCAAGUGUCCCACCACAAGAUAAUGAACAGACAAACGAUUGUGGCAGUCGGGAGAAAGGCAAGGGCAGCAACUACAGUUUUGUCCCAAAGCCAUCCGCCAACGGUAGCCUAUGGACUGCUCUUGUAUGAGCUUGCUGGGGGUGCCUGCAGCAGAGCUGGCCCGUUGCCAUGAUGCUGGCUGCUCUUCCUUGUUUCCAGAUGCUAGCUCUCAUUAAAAGGAGCUUAAAAUCCACAUCUUAGUGGAGAGGGGACAUUUGGAAGGUCAAUUGUUGCUGUUCCUGCAGAGAUCAGCACGGGGCAGAGAGAAGUCCAUCAGACCCUCUCUGGGCUCUGACACACAUCUGGAAAGCUUAGGACCUCCUGCCCUAUGAACUCUUUGAGCCUUCGCAGCAGGGAUGUGGUGCUGUACGCAGGGAAAGCACAUCCUCCAAGCUGGCUUGUGCUCCAGUUCUGCCUUUCUUAUGUGUAUGUUUUUCUCACCAUAUUUACUCUCAUCAGACGCUCUGGGUUGGGUUUUCAUUGACUUCAGAGGGAGCACGCUGAAUGCAUUUGAAAAUCCACCCAGUAUCCUUGUGUGUGUGUGUAUUUUUGUUCCAUGUCAUGUAUUUAUAUAUAGUUCUGUGUAUUUGAGUUAUGAACAGGUGGCAUGCCAGAAAUCUCUAUUUCUGAGACACUUUCUCACAGAUCUUUGCUGGUAGCCAGAUAACAAUUGAGGGGAAGGUUUGAAGGGAAGGAAAUGAAAUCUUCCUACUUAGUUAAGGGGAAAAAUAUUAGACAGCUACUAAAAUAGAAAUCUCUGUCUUAUUGUUAAACCAACUAUAAGAGCAAAACUGGUGAAAGUCAACCCUUAAGCUCCAAGGUCGUGUCACUCCCUCUCAGCAGUUAUCUAAGAAUAAGAAAGUUGCAUGUUACUCAGUAUCGUGAAGAGCUGUGCACCCACAGGACCUCCCAUCCCCUGAUUCACAUCGAGUCUGCAACUGUGCCAAAGGCUUACUCAUUGGCAAGUAAAUGAGAUCUCAAGUUUGGAUAUUUUCAUCUUGGGGCAAGAGGACAUGCCUCUGUGUGAAGAAAAUGGAAAGAAACCUCAGUAUUUUAGUGAGCAAGUAGUCUGAAAAAGGGAAAUGUAUCAGUGUUAAACGCCACGGUAUUUUUGUAGCCCAAACCUGCUAGGGUGGUAGGUCCACUGGUGCUGAUUUUUUCUAGAUUGUAUAGAAGGUCUGAAGCAGGAUUGUAUGAAACCAAAACCUGUGAGGCUUGUGUUGGCUAAAGAUAGUGAUCUGGAUGGAAACAAAUGCGUUUAGAAGCAGCAAGUAGAGGUUUUCUCCCUCCUGGAGAAAACUUGCGAUGCAGGUCGAUAGGGAUAUUUCCAAAGAUGAAGAGCCUUAUGGCAGACCCACAAUGCCUUGAAAAUCCAAUAUGUGACAGCAAUUCUGAAACAAGAGAAGUCCCAAAAGCCAGGACUACUAUCCCUCUCAACUCAUGAUUAAAAACAGAAGGAAUGUAUAGUUUCAAUAUUAAAGUAUGUGGGAUACGAUCUAAGCAGAGCAGUCAGUCUUGUAGCUGGUGUGACCUACAGUGAUAUUUUCAGUGGCUUAGAUAGGUGGUGCCUGCUGUGCAUAAUGUCUUUGAGGAUGGUGAUAUAUUGGUUUUACUGUACAUAGAUUUGCCAACAGUGAUUUGAAAUUAUAUUCUGAAGCUCUUCACUUCAAACAUUCAGUUGCUUUUGGAUGGCUUUUGAAAUUACACCAUCGGGUCAUCAAAUGGUCUUUGAAGAAGUGGGGGUUGUGUCGUUUUUCAUCCACAACCAGCAGAAAUAUUUAGGGGGUGUACCUUUUUAAAAAAAAACCAGUUAAAAGCGAUGCUUGGCUUGGAGGGGGCAGAUUUCUGGCGAGAGGUUGUGUGAUGAAGGGAGCAGGUUAGCAGCCUCCCUCCUGCACCCAGGGCUCAGGCUUGUUCAAGGCAGUGCAGUCCUUACGUAUCUCAUGGGUGCAGGGAAGCUAGAAACCAAAGUGAGAAUCAUCAGGGCCUCAGCACAGCAUGGGGUCCCUGCCGGCAAGUCCUCAUUUCCAUGCCAGGACCCACUGAGAUCCUGCACGCGCGCAAGCAGCCGGCCAUGCAUAUCCCAUUGCGUGUUCACACCCUGGCCUGGACCCGUCCCUGACAGUAGAGACUUCAAAUGGUUGCGUUAGCUGCAUCUGAGGUCGAGUCAAAGAUGGGGUGUGGCAGUGUGGCUGCUUCAGUCUCAUUUGUUAUUCUAAUUAGUGUGGGUGGGGAAUGGAGUUCCUGCUCCACUGCCCCUCAGGAGAACCUCUGGGCUGGUCACUGAGUGAGCUGUAUUGCUCACCCACCAUCCUUUCCCUUCAUCAAAUGUCUCUCCAGCUCCUCGCAGAAACCUUUCUCAGGUGCUUCACUGGAAAAUGUUUGUCUGACUGCAUGCUUUGCAGGACGCUGGGUUAGGUGACAGGUCAGCAUGGGAUCAUUUGUCUGUCCUGAUGACUACUCCCUCCUCCUAGAUAGGCAUCUCAAGUCCAUGACCCGCUUUGCCAGCUCAUAUCUUGCUGGUGCAAGGCAGCAUCAUGUUGGGUGGGGAGAAGAGAUCCGAAGACCUUCAGGCCAGAGGAAACCCCUAGACCCGUGUGUCUGAUUUUCCCCUAGCCUGAGGCACAGCUGAGCACCCUGUGGCUCUGCUGUAUGAAGUCUUGGGCUUCACAGCCCUUGUGCCAUCACAGCCAGCCGAGGAGGGUGUCCAGCACCACGAGAGCCCUUCCACCUCCCAGGGACUUGGUCCCCUCUGUGACUGCCCUCAGUUUAGAGUAUAUAUUGUGCCUUAAUUCUCCCUGUGAGUUAAGCUGUAAGGGCAGAUGACUUGUCAAGCAAUUGGGAAUCUCUUUUGUGCAUCUGUCCCUACUGAUAAACACCAUCCUGUGCAGGAGCCAAACUGUAUCCACAACAUUCUCAACCUGCACAUUUGCCAGUGGGGUUCACCUCUCAAGAUUUUAAAGCUGGAUUUAGGUCUCUGGGAUGAUGUCAGCUUUUAAUGAGCUCCGUAGCAACCUACUAUUGUUGUUUUUUCUGUUGUGUAGUGUCUGCUUGUUCUCUUUUCUUUUUAAAAAAUAUACCUUGUGUUCAACAUGAGUCCAAAAUUUCAAAUGGAGAAUAAGCCUGAGGUUGCAAAUGUGUUUUAAACCUGGCCCCGCAUCAACCUGUCUCUGUCAGGCAGUGAACCUGUCGUGUAUCGUGCUUCACCACCUCUUCAUUUCUACCAUGAUUCUGUUUCCCCUAAAAUCGCUGUCAGACCAUAAAAUCAUCACAAGCAGCACAUCAGUUCAGAAACAUCAUUUCUAGUCUGCCGUGAAGGCAGCACCUUCCUUUUCCCUGGCUGAAAGACCAAGGCGUCAUUCACUGUUCAGCUUGUAGGGCCCCAGUAGCAGGAGAGGAACAUCAGCUCAGAAAGGGCUGCACGUGGCAGAUGUGGCUGGCCAGUGCCUGGUUGUUUUUAAACUGUCCUGACAUUGUGUCUCCUCUCUUUGAAAGGAGGAAGAGAGAAAAAAUCCCUAGCCUCAAAAAGCUGGAGGAAAAUUUCCUGCCGAUUGUUGUGUUUUGCAAACACUGGUCUUUUCUCUCGUGCUCUCUCUCUCCACUCCCGGCGAGGCUGGAGAUGAAAAUGGCUCCUUUGUUCCUUUCCCUGGGGCCCAACUGCAGCGAAAGUGCGGCUCCGGAAACCCUCUGCUGCAAGAGCGGCGAGGGUGGGAGGGACCGAGCUGUCACCGUGUGCGGUAGGUCCUACAUAAACACGGCAUGUGUUGACAAUGCCGCAGGCAGGAUGGGCGCAGAAGGACUUUGUGGUGCUGGCGACGAAGCUCCUGCACCAUUCCUCCUGUGGCAGCAAGCGGGCUGCAAAACCCGCGGGGGGCAGAGGAAGGGGAGGCGGGUGUGAGUGGCCGUGUUGUCCUGGCAGUGACUGAUCACAGGCUGGGGGGCUCUGGGCCCUUUUGUUCUCAGCUUUUGGCUUUCCCCAAAGCAGCAAUUUGCAGCCCUGUGAAAAGCAGAUGGCAUCCCGCUGCGGGUUUGCACCGAUGCCCUGGCCCCCGUGCCGGGAUGCUCCUUGUACCCAUCCAGUCCUGGUGCUCUGUGUUCAGCCACAGCCACACUCCAAACCCAAGUUUAGUCAUUCAAAGCUCUUCUCUCAUCCAGCCCAGGUUGGACAUACUGGCUUUUCCCUUCUUUUAAAGGGAUGGACCUUUUGCCGCUCGCUGGGAAUGCUACUUGUUUUGUAUGCUGGAUGGUUUCUGCAAAACCUAGAGCUACAGCAAGCUUCCCAGGGUGGGGGAUGUGGUGUGACCAGGACCACAGCAAACCCUGACCGCGGGGGACUGCCCUCGCAGCCUGGAGGUGAACCUUUCCGUAGUUCAGCCGUGUGCGUGUGCGAGUGCAAGUGUGUGUGGUCUGCGUGCGCGGGGUCGUGUCGAGCGAGGAGCCCGAGGACGCUACCGAUGGGGCUGGAAGGAGCCCGCGUUUCUGCAGCCAGUGUAUCAGUACCUUGUAGAUGGCCUUUCUUCCCCCUCCCCUCCUCCUUUUUUUUUAUAAAAGACAAAAAACAAAUGGAAA